UCCUCCUUUCCUCACAUCCCCUCUACUAUCCCGUCGGCCCUACGUAGCAUCCCGGCCUGGCAGCCCCGUCUCCUCGGCCCCACUUUACUACUCCUGACCUCUUUUCCAUCACCCCGCAUUAUUACCCAGCACCCGUUUCUCUGGCCCCCGGUUACCACACUAGGCCCCCUUUCUGUGACCCCGCAUUAUUCCCUCAACCCCGCCCCUCUUUCUGGGCCCCCCAUUGCUACCUCAGUUCCGCCUUUUCCUUGGUCCCACCUUGCUGCCCAGGUGGCCUUGUAAGACCCCCCCCAUGCUAAUUCAACUCAGAUUCUCCUUUAGCCUUUCUUAGCAAACUCACUCGCAUAGCAUACCCUUUCACGAUUUCUUAGUUACUUUUCUCCAUUACCCCAACCAGCACCCUUCCCUUCCCACUUGUGAGCUCCUUGACCCUGGCUCAUUCCGCUGUGUCCUUCCGCCCAGGGUCUGUACCCCUCCCCACUCUCACCCUCUCGCACCUCAUCCCAUCCCCUUUGUCCUCCACCUGCCCGUUGACCACGCCCUACCCUCCCCUGCCUCCCGCUGCUGACUCUGCCUUUUCCUUUUUCCCCACCAUCCCUCUCUUUCCGCCUGCCUCUGGACUCACCCCCUCAGGUUGCCAGAUCAUACACCCGCCCUGGGAAGGGGGCAUCAGGUACAGGGGCCUGACUCGAGACCAGGUGAAGGCUAUCAACUUCCUGCCCGUGGACUAUGAGAUUGAGUAUGUGUGCCGGGGGGAGCGCGAGGUCGUGGGGCCCAAGGUCCGCAAGUGCCUGGCCAACGGCUCCUGGACAGAUAUGGACACACCCAGCCGCUGUGGCACCUUCCCCUCAGAAACGCAGGCUUCUGCUCCACCCCCCCCACCCCGGUCUUCUUCGGCAUGGACAGGUGUGGGAGGGGGCUGGGGAUCAGGCCUGGGAAGCUGGGCACCACUGGUAACUCUUCUCUGAUCCCCAUCUUUCCUGCUGCCAGUGAAUCGAACGCCACACUCAGGUGAGAUCGGAAACCCUCAUCGCGUGCACAGCAAUCCCCUUACCCUUCACUCUUCACCCUCCACCCCCAGGGAUUCUGCCCCUAGGCUCUGAGUUCUCAUCCUUCCCAUUCCUCCCCCACCUUCCCCCACCCACCCCAGUACGCGGCUGGCCCUUUCUUUCCCUACCUGUUUCCAGCCUCCAGUCCCGGUUUUCUGCGAGGCUGCGGUCCCUCCCAUCUCCCCGCUUGGCUGCACUCCCCUCGGCUCCGCCUCCUCCCAGACUCCGCUUCGGCCUAAUGGCAGAGCCCCAGCAGGGGGCGGCAGAGUGCUGGGAGACCCGGAGCUUCCACCUCGUCCUCCCCUGUGGGGUUCCUUCCGACCUUCUCUGGAACCUUUCCCUGCCUGCCCCCUUCCUAGGAUUUCACCUGCUGACUCCAUCAGCCUGGCCCACACAUCUCACCCAUUGCCAGGCCUCAUUCUCCCUCCUUCAGCUCCUCCCCACAUCCUUUCCUUCCCUACGCCCUUCCCCUUCUCUUUUAUCUCAGUUCCUUCUCCCACCACCCUUUCUCAGCCUCUGUCCACCGAGCCCCGUGUUCCCUUCCUCUACCCCCAUCACCUCCCCCUGUACCACGGCCCUCCCUCUUCCCCACCCAGCUCUCCCUCUCUCUCCAAAACCUUUCCCAUCGCCCUCUCCCUUACCACCCUCAGUCCUUCACCCCAGCUAUUCACACCCCCAUUAAGACGCUUAGGCGCCAGCCCCUUUUCUCUCGCGUCCCACUCUCGUCCUCCCCUUCUCCAUCGCUCGCCCCUCAUGGCUUCAGCCUCCCGCGGCUCCCUCCGCCCACCCCGCCCUCCCGGCACGCCCCUUCGCCUCGUUCCUCCUCCACCAAUGUUCCCUUAGGUGGGAUCCUUCCCUUCCUCGUCCAUCUCUUUCAUCCUAGGGGUCGCAUCCUCCCUCUCCUCCCCUCCUCUCACACUGUGGUUCCCACAGCGGCGCUCGCCUCCAUCCCCGCCCGCUUCCUCCCUCCCUAACUCUGCCCCCCCACCCCGGCUGCCGCGCGCCGCCCUUGACGUCAGAGCCCCCUCCCAGCCCUGCAUCUCCCUCCUCCUCCUCCCCUCGGUCGGUCAGUCAGUCCGCGAGGAGAGUCCGCGGUGGCGGUGGCGGUGGCGGGAGCUAGAGCCGUGGGGGCCGUACGAAGCCAACCCCCCCUGCUUCCCCGAGGCCCUAUCCCCCUCCUCCGCACAAAACCAGGAAUGGAGGCGCUUCCCCGACAUCCCCUCAGCAGCCCUCCCCGGGAGAAGUGUCCCCCCUGAGCUCCUCCUCCUCCCCCAGCAGCCACCCCCGCCCCCUGCCAUGGGUCCGGGGCUCCCCUCUCCCCGGCUGGGGUGGCCACUGCCGCUCCUGGUGGUGAUGGCGGCGGGGGUGGCUCCGGUGUGGGCCUCCCACUCCCCUCAUCUCCCGCGGCCUCACCCGCGGGUCCCCCCGCACCCCUCCUCAGAACGGCGCGCGGUGUACAUCGGGGCGCUGUUUCCCAUGAGCGGGGGCUGGCCGGGGGGCCAGGCCUGCCAGCCCGCGGUGGAGAUGGCGCUGGAGGACGUGAACAGCCGCAGGGACAUCCUGCCGGACUAUGAGCUCAAGCUCAUCCACCACGACAGCAAGUGUGACCCAGGCCAAGCCACCAAGUACCUGUACGAGCUGCUCUACAAUGACCCUAUCAAGAUCAUCCUCAUGCCUGGCUGCAGCUCCGUGUCCACGCUCGUGGCUGAGGCUGCCAGGAUGUGGAACCUCAUUGUGCUUUCCUAUGGCUCCAGUUCACCGGCCCUGUCAAACCGGCAACGCUUUCCUACGUUCUUCCGAACUCAUCCAUCAGCCACACUCCAUAAUCCUACCCGGGUGAAACUCUUCGAAAAGUGGGGCUGGAAGAAGAUCGCCACCAUCCAGCAGACCACUGAGGUCUUCACCUCGACUCUGGACGACCUGGAGGAACGGGUAAAGGAGGCUGGAAUCGAGAUUACUUUCCGUCAGAGUUUCUUCUCAGAUCCAGCUGUGCCCGUCAAAAACCUUAAGCGCCAAGACGCCCGGAUCAUCGUGGGACUUUUCUAUGAGACCGAAGCCCGGAAAGUUUUUUGUGAGGUGUACAAGGAGCGGCUCUUCGGGAAGAAGUACGUCUGGUUCCUCAUCGGGUGGUAUGCCGACAAUUGGUUCAAGAUCUAUGACCCGUCCAUCAACUGCACAGUGGACGAGAUGACCGAGGCGGUGGAGGGCCACAUCACCACUGAGAUUGUCAUGCUGAACCCUGCCAACACCCGCAGCAUUUCCAACAUGACGUCCCAGGAGUUUGUGGAGAAACUGACCAAACGACUAAAAAGACACCCUGAGGAGACGGGAGGCUUCCAGGAGGCACCCCUGGCCUAUGAUGCCAUCUGGGCCUUGGCAUUGGCCCUGAACAAGACGUCUGGAGGGGGUGGCCGUUCAGGAGUGCGCCUGGAAGACUUCAACUACAACAACCAGACCAUAACAGACCAAAUCUACCGGGCAAUGAACUCCUCGUCCUUCGAGGGUGUUUCCGGCCAUGUGGUGUUUGAUGCCAGUGGCUCUCGGAUGGCGUGGACACUCAUCGAGCAGCUACAGGGUGGCAGCUACAAGAAGAUUGGCUAUUAUGACAGCACCAAGGAUGACCUUUCCUGGUCCAAAACGGAUAAGUGGAUUGGAGGGUCCCCCCCAGCUGACCAGACCUUGGUCAUCAAGACGUUCCGCUUCCUGUCACAGAAACUCUUUAUCUCCGUAUCCGUUCUCUCCAGCCUGGGCAUUGUCCUAGCUGUUGUCUGUCUGUCCUUUAACAUCUAUAACUCCCAUGUCCGUUACAUCCAGAACUCACAGCCCAACCUGAAUAAUCUGACUGCUGUGGGCUGCUCUCUGGCGUUAGCUGCCGUCUUCCCCCUCGGGCUGGAUGGUUACCACAUCGGGAGAAGCCAGUUCCCCUUCGUCUGCCAGGCCCGCCUCUGGCUCCUGGGUCUGGGCUUUAGCCUGGGCUACGGCUCCAUGUUCACCAAGAUCUGGUGGGUCCACACGGUCUUCACAAAGAAGGAGGAAAAGAAGGAGUGGAGGAAGACCCUGGAGCCCUGGAAGCUGUAUGCCACGGUGGGCCUGCUGGUGGGCAUGGACGUCCUCACCCUCGCCAUCUGGCAGAUCGUGGACCCUUUGCACCGGACCAUUGAGACUUUUGCCAAGGAGGAACCGAAGGAAGAUAUCGACGUGUCUAUUUUGCCCCAGCUGGAGCACUGCAGCUCCAAGAAGAUGAAUACAUGGCUUGGCAUUUUCUAUGGCUACAAGGGGCUCCUGCUGCUGCUGGGUAUCUUUCUUGCUUAUGAGACCAAGAGUGUGUCCACCGAGAAGAUCAACGACCACCGGGCUGUGGGCAUGGCCAUCUACAAUGUGGCGGUCCUGUGUCUCAUCACGGCUCCGGUCACCAUGAUCCUGUCCAGCCAGCAGGAUGCGGCCUUCGCCUUUGCCUCUCUCGCCAUAGUUUUCUCCUCGUACAUCACCCUGGUUGUGCUCUUCGUGCCCAAGAUGCGCAGGCUGAUCACCCGAGGGGAGUGGCAGUCAGAGGCGCAGGACACCAUGAAGACGGGGUCCUCGACCAACAACAACGAGGAGGAGAAGUCCCGGCUGUUGGAGAAGGAGAACCGUGAACUGGAGAAGAUCAUUGCUGAGAAAGAGGAGCGAGUCUCUGAACUGCGCCAUCAGCUCCAGUCCCGGCAGCAGCUCCGCUCCCGGCGUCACCCUCCGACACCCCCAGACCCCUCGGGGGCCCUGCCCAGGGGGCCCCCUGAGCCCCCCGACCGGCUUAGCUGUGAUGGGAGUCGAGUCCACUUGCUUUACAAGUGAGGGCGGUGUAAGGGGAGACAGGCCAAUAGGCGGAGGGAGAGGGAGAGGGAGAAGGGGAGGGGGGUUGGGAGGAAGCAGGGGAUACCAGCCCCAGGUGGGAAGAACACUACUCCAUCCCAUCUCUUGUAAAUACCUGCCCCUCUGCAAGCCCCGGGGUUUUCUGGGUCUCCAGUACUCCCGGAGCCAGGCCCUGUUCUCUCAUUCGUUCGUAUGAUUUUCUAUCUCUACUUCAUAACCUAGUUUGUACCUGGCCUGAAGCUUCUCACUCACUGGCUCCUCAGCAGCCUCACUACAUACACCCUCUUCUUUUCCUCUGUCUCGUUGCCACGGCAACCCCACAGCUCCCUUGCCUUUGUGCUCUGCUCCCAUCCAGCAGGGGUCUCCCCAGAGUGCUCUCUCUACCCUAACAGGGCCUGGCCAUUUCUCGCACCAUCCUAAUCUCCUUCCAACCCACUUGCCCCUCCACACGUCCACAAGUUUUGUUCCUCUUGAAUUUUGCUUCUGCAGGGCACUCAUUCUUGUUGCCAAGGCUCACAUUCUCCUCUCUGCCAGACACACAUUCAUCCUCCCCUCCCCUGCUCGUUCCCACUGCACAGGCUCCUGUGUGCGCACGCGUUUCACACGUGCUUUCUCCACCCUUCCUGUGGCCGCAUAUGCUCCAUUGUAUUCCCUUCCCUCAUGGCUGUGUGUGCCCCUCUCAUGGUCAUGGGUGUGUCCUUGUGAGGGCGUGCGUGGGUGGGCAUGUGCCAUUUGUCUAGCAUGUCUUCCCUGCGUGCACACAUCCAAGCUUAUCCAUGCACUUUCCCUGUGUGCCCUCGUGGUGCCUUGCGUACCCUCUUCUUUCUGCACCUUAAAAUCAUUCUGUUCUUCUAACAGAGUCAUACGCACCCACCCUGGCCACUGUUACGCACUUUUCCCCAAUUCAUGUUUGGUGUGGCUGCCCACAUCCUCUCUUUGUCACACUUGGUUUCCGCUCGCACUCUGCAGCCUCUCCUUUGCGCUCAUGGACCACCCUCGGUCCACACUCACAAUCGUCCUCUCCCAAGAGUGCUCCCUUUGGUUUUGUGUUUUUCUGGGGGAAAGAAAGGAGAAGAACUGGGGGCAGGUUUGGGGAGCUGCUUCCAGUGGACAUUCGGUGAGAAUCCUGACCAAAGGAAGGCACCCCUGACUGUUGAGAUGGAAGAUGGUCCUAUGGGGCGGGAGGUGGCGUCCCUUUUGCACUGUGGUGUCUCUUGGGGAAGGAGCUCCCCAAAUCUCAAUAAACUAGUGAACGGAGUGACUCA